UAUUGAAGUGAGCAACGCCUUUUUUUUUCCAGUGAAGCGGCCGUGCAGUUUAAAGGAGUGGAUUAAAGGCGGCUAAAGUUGGACUUUUUCUUUUGAUUUUUGCAUCACAGCUUGAACGUAUUUCGAAUUAACUCAAGGCUGUAAAAAUGUGGAUCCAGGUGCGCACCAUGGAUGGGAAAGAGACCCACCGAAUUGAUUCCUUGUCCAAGCUGACCAAGGUGGAUGACUUAAGAGUUAAGAUAAUGGAAGCCUUUAAUGUGGAGCCAGAAAGGCAGAGACUAUUCUACCGGGGAAAGCAGAUGGAAGAUGGACAUACCAUUUUUGAUUACAAUGUGGGACUGAAUGACAUUGUGCAGCUUCUGGUGCGACAAAAUGCACCUGUUUGCCCAUCUACACAGAAAGAAAAAGAAGGAGAGCUGUCUGAUUCAGACUCUGGCUGUGGAUCAGCCCAGAGUGAGUCUGAUAAGAACUCCAACAAUGGCGAGGCUGGCAUGGAAGUAGAGGGACAGGCUGGUUCCUCUGUGCAAGCUGACCUUUUUGAUCCAGGAUUUGGCUUCUACAAAAUUAACGAGUUUGUGGAUGCACGAGACUUGAACAUGGGAGCCUGGUUUGAAGCUCAGAUUGUUAAUGUGACUAAAGAAACAAAGGGCACUUUGCAUCAGGAUGGCGGAGUGUCUGACCAGAAAGACGAAAGCUCUAUAGUGUACCAUGUCAAAUAUGAAGACUAUCCUGAAAAUGGAGUGGUCCAAAUGAAGGGCAAAGAUGUCCGUCCACGUGCUAGAACUUUAUUGCAGUGGCAUCAGUUAGAGGUGGGAAUGGUGGUGAUGGUUAACUAUAACCCUGAUGAACCAAAAGAGAGGGGCUAUUGGUAUGAUGCAGAGAUCCAGAAAAAGCGAGAGACUCGUACUAUCCGGGAAAUAUAUGCCAAGAUAUUACUGGGGGAUGCUGGUGACUCAUUAAAUGACUGUAAAAUAAUUUUUGUCAAUGAGAUCUAUAAGAUUGAAGAACCAGGAAGUGGCACUCCCCCCUGUUCAGAGAGUCCCAUGAAAAGGACAAAUGGUCCAGAGUGCAAACACUGCAAAGACGAUCCACAGAAAAACUGCCGUAUGUGUAAUUGCCAUGUGUGUGGAAUAAAGCAAGACCCUGAUAAGCAGUUGCUAUGUGAUGAGUGUGACAUGGCCUUUCACAUGUAUUGUCUCAAUCCUCCACUACUUAGCAUCCCGGAAGAUGAGGACUGGUACUGUCCAGGCUGUCGCAUUGAUACAAGUGAAGUGGUGCUUGCAGGAGAGAAGCUAAAAGAAAGCAAGAAGAAAGCUAAGAUGGCAUCUGCAACUUCUUCAAGCCAAAGAGACUGGGGCAAGGGUAUGGCUUGUGUUGGUCGCACAAAGCAGUGCACAAUUGUUCCUUCAAACCACUAUGGUCCUAUUCCAGGAGUACCUGUUGGUACAUUAUGGAAAUUUAGGGUGCAGGUCAGCGAAUCUGGAGUGCACAGGCCUCAUGUGGCUGGAAUUCAUGGUCGAAGCAAUGAUGGAGCUUAUUCCUUAGUGCUGGCUGGUGGCUAUGAAGAUGAUGUGGACAAUGGCAAUGAAUUCACCUACACUGGAUCUGGUGGUCGAGAUCUGUCUGGAAACAAGCGUACAGCUGAACAAUCCUGCGAUCAGAAACUCUCUAACAUGAACAGAGCUUUGGCUUUGAACUGUAAUGCUUCAUUGAAUGACAAGGAUGGGGCUGAAGCGAAGGACUGGAAAGCAGGAAAACCAGUCAGAGUGGUUAGAAGCUCCAAAGGGCGCAAGCAUAGCAAAUAUUGCCCAGAAGAUGGAAACAGAUAUGAUGGCAUCUACAAGGUGGUCAAAUAUUGGCCUGAGAAAGGAAAGUCUGGUUUUCUAGUGUGGAGAUAUUUAUUAAAGAGGAAUGAUGAAGAGGCUGCACCUUGGACAAAGGAUGGGAAAGAGAGGAUCAAGAAACUGGGUCUGACUAUGCAGUAUCCAGAGGGUUACUUGGAAGCUGUUGCUGCAAAAGAGAAGGAAAAAUUAAAGGACGAAGAGGAUGAAGUUGUGGAAUCCACACCAAGCAAGGGCAAGAGAAAGAGGAAAUCGGAGACCACAGACAUGGUAUCGCCAUCUCCAAGCAAGAAAACUCCAAAGAAGGUAAAAGUUGAAGCUUAUAAGUUGACAAAGGAACAAAAAGAGAUGAUUAAAGAGGAUGAGUUGAACAAAAAGCUCUGGAACGAAGCAUUGGAGGCCCUUAAAGAAGGACCGAAAUUUCUUAAUAAAGUUGAAGAGAUAUUCCUGUGCAUUUGCUGUCAAGAGGUUGUCUUCCAGCCAGUUACAACAGAGUGUCAGCAUAACGUCUGCAAGGAAUGCCUACAGCGCUCCUUCAGGGCUGACGUGUUCACUUGUCCAGCUUGCCGAUAUGAUUUGGGAAAAGCUUACACUAUGGUGGUCAACAAGAAGCUUCAAAAUAUACUCGAUCUAUUUUUUCCAGGGUAUAGCAGUGGUCGAUGAUGGAUAUUUAACUACGUGUAAUCGUCUAUAAGGAGUUUGAAAAAAGUGGAAUUUAAAAAAAAAAACAAAAUGGUUUUAACUAUGCGCUUAUCAAAAACAGUCCCUCUCCUUAAUAUAUACCCAGAUAUUUUGUCACUCGAAACUGAUCGUCUCCACUUUUUGAUUAUUCAAUAAUUCAACUCAUGUAAAUAUUUAGUUUUUUUUCUUGUGUGUUCCAUGUAGUCCCUUACAGUUUUUAUACAUUUAGAAAGUAAACAGCCAUUAUACUUAAUGUCACAUAGAAGCAUUGAUUUGUGUUUUCAAUUUGAAACGUUUUAUCGUAUUGCUAAGAGUUAUUCAUUCCUGAAAUUUAAUAUUGCAUUUCUUUAAGUUGACAUGGUGUGGUACAUCAUCCCAUUUCAUUUUUCAGUUUGAAAUGCCUUGUGUGUUAUGCAAAGUUCUUAUGGAUGACUCUACCUCACCCAUCUUUGAAACCCAUCCCCCACCCCAGGGACAAUUUUCAGUUUGUGUCAUAGUUAGAAAAAGUAGUUUUAAAAAGUAAACUAAGUUAAAUGCAUUUCUAAAUGCAUUUUUUUUUCUUCUUCGGAUUAAUCUGUUUCUAACUGUUUAUAACAUUUUUGUUCUGUUUGCUUAGCUUUUCCCUUUGGCAGCAUUUAUAUUCUUCUGAGAACAUCUACCAAAGGCAGUAGCAAAAGAUAUCUCAGUACAACUUCAUUAAGCCCAGUGGUGUCAAACUGGAAUUUGUAUAUUUUAUAUUUGCCUUUUGUAUAUUCCCAUAGGUUUUAUGCAGAUUUUAUUCAAAAUUUAGUUUUAUUUUAAUAAUGUAAACAUUUCAGGGAUAUGCAUCUCUCUAUUAGUGACUGGUAAAAUCAGAAAGGUGCAUCUUUCUGUUAGUGAUUGAUGGAAACGUAUACUUUACGUUUUUUUUUCCCCCCUUUCUGAUUAUACUUCAGAUUGGCUAUUCACUUGUUAGUCAUUAAUUAAUUGUGUUUAUUUAUCACUAAAUGGAUUCAGGUUAGUAUUUUUAAAUCUUUAAAUAAAGAUUUCUUUUUGAUAAA